AAAUGUCUUCAAAAAAAUGGAUUAUAAUUGGUAUUUCUGGUGCAACGUGUAGUGGAAAAACUUAUUUAACUAAUAAACUUCACAAGGAAUUGAAAAAUUCAGUCAUAAUACAACAAGAUAACUAUUUCUUGCCAAUAGAUGAUCCGCGGCAUACAAAAGUACCGAAACUCAAGUGUUUGAAUUGGGAAAUUUUAACCAGCAUAGAUAUGGAUAAAAUGCGAUCAGAUAUUUUAAAAUUAAUUGAAUCGUCACCAAACAAAGAAACUGUAGCAAAAACAAAUGAUAAGAAUGUUUUGAUAAUAGAUGGUUUCUUACUUUUCAAAUGUGAGGUUAUUUCUAAUUUAUGCGAUCAAAAAUAUUUCUUAACUAUAACUAAAGAUGAAUGUUGGAUGCGAAGGAAAGAUAGAAGUUACAAUCCACCAGAUGUUCCUGGGUACUUCGAGAAUGUUGUAUGGCCGGAAUAUUUGAAACAUUUAGACGAAUUAAUGAAAGACAAAGAUUUAUACAAAACAAUAACAUUCCUUGAUGGAUCAAAAAGUAAAGAAGAACUGUUUCACAUGGUUUUCGCGAAAAUAAAAAAAUUGUUAUCUUAAAAUUUUCA